AGGCAAUGGCAAACACCUCUGAACAUCUCUUGCCUCGAAAACCCUGAAGGUCACCAUAAGUUAGCUGUGACUUGCCAGCACUUUCCAUUACUGGCAGAAAAUAGUGAACACCUGGAAUGACUAUUGCUUAUGGUUACUGCAGAAAGUGUCAAAGCAGGAUUACAGCUGUACAUCAAAAAAACAACAGUCAUGACUGCUGGAGAAUUAGACAACUUUAAGGUUGACAGUGAAGAAACUGAAACUGAUCAAGAUUUUCUAUUCCUUGGCUUCACCAUAAAUCAAAAGGGAAUCAAGAAAUCAGAAAGGCAACAAUCAAAAGGCAAUCAAGAAACCAGGAGGUGAUUGAGACUGGAAAGGGCAGCCAUGAAGGACCUAUAGAAGAUUCCUAAGUAUAAAGAUGUGUUGCUGGAGAUCAAGAUCAGGUUAAUGGAUAUCAUGGUAUUGUCUGAUACUACGUAUGGGUGUAAAAGUUGGGCAAUGAAGAAAGUAGAUUCACUUGAAAUUUAGUGGUGGAUUAGAAUUUUACAGAUACCAUGGAGUACCAAAAAUACAAAUAAGAGUAACUGGAAAAGACAAUGCUAAGGAAAUUUGAAGGCAGGAAAAGAGAAAGAUCAACAUGAGAUGGACUAACUCUCUAAAGGAAGUUACAGCCCUCAGUCUGCAAGACCUCAGCAAGGCUGUUAACAAUAGGACAUUUGGGAGUACAUUGAUUCGUUAAGAUUGCCAUGAAAUGACUUGACAGCCUUAACACACAUACGCAAGGCAAAUUACAAAGAAAAGGAUCUGUAUUUUUUGUGGUUCAUUUUGUGGUCAUGUGAUUCAGUGGUGCUGCAACUAGAAGGAACAAGCAUCACUUCGGGCAAGGCUGUAGUCCGAAAACCUGGGAAGGAAAAAUUAAACAGGGCUUCGCAACUCGCUUUGGGCUAUAAAAACAUUUUGGGAAAUAACACUUUGCCUCGCACGAGGACAACUCCUUGGCAAUACUCAGCGGGCUGCUCAGUAUUCUAGUCCCGUGAAAAACGUUAACGCGAGAGUGAAUCCAUCCCUCGCCAACCGGGGUGGGGGCUGGGCGUUCGAAGCAGUUGGGCUGAGUCCCUCGCCGUUUACUUUUGAACUGACCGUUCCGUCGCUCCCGAUUGGUUCGAGGCCUCGCGGACGACCUAAUGCGCAUGCGCAACCUGGAGCGCCGUAACCCCUUCCCUUUCUCUUUCACGGCGGCUCUGAUUGGAAGAGGUCGGAAGCCGCCGCUACAGCCGCGUUUAGGAGCUGUCGGGAUAGGCGGGGCAGGGGUUGCCUCGACGCGACUGUUGUCUGAGAUAAACAGAGAUCCUUUAUUUGUGCAAGAUACUUGAUCCUUUGGUUGUACCAGUUCACUGUCUUUUCAGUGGAAAUGUAUCAUUUUGAAGAGGAACUUACUUGUUCAAUUUGUUACAGUAUAUAUGAAGAUCCCCGUGUACUGCCCUGUUCACAUACAUUUUGUAGAAACUGUUUGGAAAGUGUUCUUCAGUUAUCAAGCAAUUUUUCCAUAUGGAGGCCUUUAAGGCUUCCCCUGAAGUGUCCCAACUGUAGGAGCAUUGUUGAAAUCCCUCCAUCUGGUACAGACUCGUUGCCUAUAAACUUUGCAUUAAAGGCUAUCAUUGAAAAAUACCAGCAAGAAGACCAUCCAGAUGUGGCAACAUGUUGUGAACAUUACGGACAGCCACUAAAUGUUUACUGCCUUUUAGACAAAAGACUGGUAUGUGGCCACUGCCUUACAAUAGGAAAACAUCAUGGCCAUCCUAUAGAUGACCUUCAAAGUGCCUACAUGAAAGAAAAGGAAACUCCUAGCAAACUUCUUGAGCAGUUGACUGAUAAAUACUGGAGUGAAGUUUGUUUGCUUAUUGAAAACUUGGAGGAGCAGAAAGCUCAUUGUGAAAUCAUUGUUCAAGAGGACAAGAAAACUGUGCUGCAGUAUUUUAAGAGGCUGAAUGAUGUAUUAGAUCAUAAAAAGCAAGCUUUGCUUGCAACUCUAGAUGAAGUAAAUACACAGAUUGCUGCAGAAUACGAGCCGCUCAUAGAAAGAAUGAAAGGAAUACGAGAAGAGCAACUUGAAUUAAUGUCUUUGAAUACAUCCAUUCAGGAGGAAGAGUCCCCUCUUCUUUUUCUAGAAAAAGUUGAGGAUGUUCGUCAGCGAGUCAAGGUUUUGAAGGAAAAGCCGUUACCAAGUAUUAAGCCUGUAGAAAUCUACCCUCGAAUUGGGCAGGUGUUAAAAGACGUGUGGACGAAAACUGAAAUUCGUCAAAUUGAUAAAGUUGUUGCUCCUCAGAUAAAGCUGAUACCUAAAGGAAAAGUGUGUCAUGGCCAUGAAAAGAGAAGCAGUAAGCAUAAACAACUCCGGACCUUAAAGUUUCUCAUAAUUUCAUUGGUUGUGGCCAUUUUUUUCUUUUUUAACACCCGCUUCUUUUCAGCCAUACAUGAAGUUGCCUUCCCUUAUGUUCUGAAUGUCUUUCAAAAAUUGUAUUAUGACUCAAAUAAUAGGUUGCAGACUGCAGUGGAAGUUGUGUGCCACAGCUGUAAUCUGUUUGAAUACCUGUGUAAAGUAGCUUCUUCUUCCAUAUGAAUAUUUCUCAUAGUGGGAGCAGCUCUAUGAGAAGGCAGGACAAGAAACAGCAUAAAUUGGGUUAAAACGUUUUGCAGAUUUUUUAUGGUGUGUGGCUGAAGGUGAUACCAUAGGAAAUAAAGGCCGAGUUUAGAUUGCAUUGACAGCUGGGUCACAAAGUAACCCAGCAUUUCUAAACAGCAACGAUCGUUUGUAUUGAUGUGGAUGUUCUACUAAAAAUCAAAUUGAUUCCUCAGACUUUCCGUGUUAGAAUACAAAUACAAGCUGCUACCUCUCCAGUGAAGCUUGCAAAGAGAAAUUCAGGAGACAAGUCAGGGCAGGGUGGGAAGCAGGGAAACGCUAUUGAAACUCCUGUUCUUUCCAAACUCUAGUUUUUAUAAGCAUCACAUCUUGAAAUGCAUCAUUCCACCCAUAAGAAGCUUGAUUGAAAAUUCUAGCAUUUUAGUGUAUAUUUCAGAUCCUAUAACUUUUGUUAAAUUUUGUAGAUGCUUAGUGUACAAAAGACCAAAGAUCGCAAAAUGAAUUUAAAAAAAAAGAAAAGUCUAAACAACUUUAAAAAAUGAAUAUUGAAUCCUAAAACUUCAUUUAGGGGUAAGGAAGUAUUUUUUUUUGACUUGGUGACUUCUUUUGUUAAAUUUAAACAUUAGAAAUAUUGCCAAAUGUAUUUUAAUGAUUGCAUUAAGCAGAUUUGCAGAAGGCUUACCUAUCUAGUAUUUAAGAAUGUCAUCUUGAUUGUAUAGACUGUUGGAUUGUUUUGUUUGAAAGUGUUCACAUAUUCCUGUAUAUUUUAGUGUAACAUUGAAACGAGAGAUAUUGUUAUAGGCAAUACUUAAGAUAUUUACAAGCUGGGUAGCCAUUCUCACAUACUUUAGAAUUCUAACCAUCUUUACUAUGAAAUAAAUCACUUAAUUGGCAUGGAUCUUAACUGCAUGGAUCUUUGCAACAGAUCUGUGGGCUCAUUUCAGCAGGAAUUUGAACCUGUCACUUCUAAUAUAUUUGAAAAUAUUUUCCCAGUUCUUGUGUUAGAAGCGCCUGCUGUAUCUGUUCAUUGUGUUCACUAAGGUUUGCACCUUACAUUUUUGAGAUUAGGGAGUAAUAAAUAACAAUGGAGAUGAUAGAUACAUCCCUAGCCAGUCACACUUUUGACUCUUGGCAUGAUAGCUUACACAAAGUUUAUUGUGAUAAGCUUCAGGAGGGAAGGUUGUCUUCUUUGAACCCCAGCGUACAAGGAUUGUAGUUAGCACUACACUAGAAGUUGUCACUGCCAACUAGGUUCUUCUACUGUAGAUGCAUCUUAGUUUAUCAAAUGGCACUCCCUUACAAUCUCACUCUGUUCAAGAUUGAAUGUGCUUUCAUUUUACUGUACAAGGGACAGCUACUGCCUAGCUGUUAAAUAAAAUAGCAGAAUGGGUUGUGCUUUUGCACCUUUUGAAUAGGAAUUGUCACAUUUUUUUCAAACUCCUCAGUCUCAUUACUAUUAGUUUCCACCCAGCUAUUGUGAAAUCUGAAGUUGGGCAGACAGUUCAUGUAUGGUGAAACCUGCUAAGUUACAACAGCCUGCAUAAUAAUUGGAUCACAGUUGGCCACCAUGCAGUUACUUGAGAAGUUAAGGUCCUUUUUCUAAGCUGUCAGGAUCUGGGGCUCUUGCCCUUUUCUAGUAGUAAACUUGGCUUCAUGGCAUUAAAUAUGAAAAAUUUGUAACAAGUUAUUUUUGUAAGACUUGAGUUUAAAAAAAAUCUUAACCCGUUUCAAGAAUUCAUGAUUUGUAAUUUUUAUCAAAUGUUUUAAUAAAAUAUCAUUUUAGGCAA